GGGAUCGCCGCCAGUUGCUUGUCGCGCGCCAACGCAAAUUCUCCUUGACCGUCUCCGCAAAAUGUUUACUUUCAUGUUUUGGUCGUUUUGUCUGUGUGUGUUGUCCGAUGGUGCUCGGGCGCACUCGUAUGACCAAAGCCAGUCUGGAGAUUUUAAUGUUCAGGUUGACUUGAAAGACCUCCAUAUCAUUGCUCUCAUGAAAGAUGGCAAAGAAGAAUAUGUGGACUACGACUACGCCUAUGACUACUCAGAGAUGACGAUAAAGCCACAAAACGGGACUACACCGAAACCGUUAAACGUUACAAAUUCGAAUGUGAAUUCUACGACUGUAGAAAAGUUAAACACUACAGAGGCCGUUCCUUUGGACACCACAACUGCUGCUGCUGUCCUGAACUCUUCGUAUGCGGAGGCGCCGGCGACGGUGGCCCCUGCCCCUGCGGCCGCCACCGUCGCGCCUGCCCCCGCGGUCCCCACGGCCGCCCCUGCCCCCGCGGACAUCAGCACUACCGCAGCCCCGGAGACAGUGAGCCUGGGGAACCACACAGAUUCUUCGAUAGUGAACAUCGUGCAGACUAACAGCACGGCCAGCAACGCCUCGCUCCCCGGCUGCAAGAAGGGCUUCGUCAUGAAUCAGAAGGGAGAUUGUGAGCUGAAACUACCGAACGCUGGAAACGCGUUACUGAAGUUGGUGAAACUUUCGCAAAAAUUGAAAUUAAGAAGGGAGAAGAGGAGGUCUACUGCACGAGGGUAACUGCAAAGCUGAGGGAUCAAUUAGAAUUAACAUUACAGACUUUUCCAUAUAGUUCAGAUUAACUUAUGUAGGAAGCACCUAGCUAUAUUGUAGCCUAGCUAGAUCUAAGUCAAGUUUGAGGCUAAAAAAUACACUUAGAUUUCAAACAAAAAUUCACUACAAUGAAAAUCUUACCAGAAUAAUGUUUGUAUAGAUUUAGCUCAUCUACCUAUUUUUUUUUACAUAAAUGUGAUCAAAAGUAGAAUUUUGAUGCAGGCAAAAGUUUAAUUGUAGCCAAAGAUUCAUCAGAUUUCAUGUUCAGUUAAGUUUCAUUAUGAAAUUCUGUCAAAAAAUAAUAUGUAUACUCACUACUGUUAUAAUCAUAGUUAAUAGCAUAUUGAAAAAAUAAUAUGUUGUCAA